AGCUCCAACAAUCACCAAAAUGGCUAAACAGACACAUUCACCUCUCAGUGCUUUCUUCUGUUGCCCAAACAUCUGAUUAGAGCAAACAAAAGACACUUCCCACUGCCCACUUCCAAUAAUCCUUAGAUUGAAUUCUGGGUGUGUAUGUUUGUCUGAUAAAUACAAGCAAAAGAGCCAUAGAGGGCGACCAUAUUCCUUGUCAUCUUCUCCUCUUGACCCUUUACAGCCACAGCUGAAUCUGGGUUCUGAGCCUGUGGAGAGAGGAAAGCUCUGAUUUUUCUUGAUGGAGAGUGUCAUGGCCGGCGGGAUCUUUCUCCCCAGGAGCGAAACUUUUCCGGCCGGUCUCCGGGUUCUCGUCGUCGACGAUGAUCCAACCUGGUUGAAGAUUCUUGAGAAGAUGCUCAAGAAGUGCUCAUAUGAAGCUGCAGGAGUCUAUAGGUGGACUAAAUCUUUCUUGAGAUUAUUCUUUCAUUUUUUUGAGUGACGAGGGAAACCUACAGCCACUACUAUACCCGAGGGUGUGCAUUGGGUAAACCUCGCCUUGUGACCUUUGCCGCUAAAGGACCACUAAAAGUAACUACAUGUGGUCUUGCAACGGAGGCUAUUAGCCUGCUCCGAGAAAGAAGAAAUGGAUUUGACAUUGUAAUAAGCGAUGUUAACAUGCCUGAUAUGGACGGUUUCAAGCUUCUGGAACUCGUUGGACUUGAGAUGGACCUUCCAGUUAUAAUGAUGUCUGUUGAUGGAGAAACAAGCAGGGUUAUGAAGGGUGUACAGCACGGUGCAUGCGAUUAUCUUUUAAAGCCUAUUAGGAUGAAGGAGCUAAGAAACAUAUGGCAGCAUGUAGUUAGGAAGAGGAUGCAAGAAUCACGAGACAUAGAAAAUCACGAAGGAGACCAAUUCGAUGAAGCUUGGAUGUUUAAUGGAAUUGAACUACAAUCGGGAAAGAAAAGAAAAGAUUUUGAUUACAAAUUUGACGAGAGAGAAACAAGUGAUUCUAGAAGUGGCGACCCUUCCUCUGUGAAGAAGCCUAGGGUAGUUUGGACGGUAGAUCUCCAUCAGAAAUUUGUCAAAGCUGUAAAUCACAUUGGAUUCGAUAAGGUCGGUCCGAAGAAGAUUUUGGACUUAAUGGGUGUACCUUGGUUGACUCGAGAAAAUGUUGCUAGCCACUUGCAGAAGUAUCGCCUAUACUUGACGAGGUUGCAGAAAGAGAACGAGCUUAAAGCCUCGUCCAGUGGGACAAAGCACCCGGAUCUCUCUCCAAAAGAAUCCCCUUCAAGUGCGUGCCUUCAGAAUUUAGUUGACGUGAAACCAAGUAAGUCAACAAAUGGAAAGUACGCUUUUCAUGGGGAAAAAUUUUGUGUGCAAGAGGUUGAGUCCAGAAAUUACAAGGGCGAGGUUAAGGCUGCUGCUCCGUUGUCAACAACGGGCGUGAGCAGGGCUCAAGUAGGUGAAAAUUGUGAUUCUCAGAAGAGUAUCAGUUGUUCAAAAGCGAGCUGGGCUAGUGAAGUUUCCAAAACCGGUUUCAAACAUGAAUUCAAGCCGCAGAUUCAAACAGAGGACAAUGUUAACCAUCUACCUUCACCGAAGCUUCCUCGAAAUGUCCCUCUCGAUCAAGCACAACCUCUCCUCAAUCUUGCGCCUCACAAAGACAUAAACCCCGGGGAAAUAAAGAGUAAGCCUGGCAACAUCAAUACCGAAAAUCCCGGGGUAAGAACAGUGUCUCCGUUAGAAUGUGCUGUAGACUUGUUGCCUGCUCAGCCUUCUCAGCCUCAGAGUUGCUUGACAAAUUUUCAAGCUUUCGAGCAAAUUCCCAGUACUACAUGGAGCGCGAAGACUCCCCAGAUUCUAAUCAACGGUUUAGAAUCCGUAGAGGGAAACCUUUUCCUUGGAGGUGGAUCAUGGCACAAGGAUUUUAAUGCUGCUGCUCUUCAAGGUGAAUUUCAUUCCCCAUGUGUUGUUGGGCCUCAAAGUUUAGAGCUUUUGGACUACAGCAACACAAACCUCACUGGUGAAAUACAACCUUACUUUUAUGACUAUGAGUAUGCCAUUGAUCCUGUGAUAGAUCAUGGUCUGUUUAUAUUAUGACCAUGAUUCUCUUCAACAUUAGACUGUCACAGAUUUCCAUGAAAGAUAAAUCCUGCUACUGAUGUGGGGACAUGCUUUUUUGACACUGUGAAUAAUGUCUUGCCUGAAAUAUUUGUAUCAAUAAACCUUCUUGCUUGUAUUAGUUCUGCACCAAUAAACCCUCCUCUCUUUUGUUUUGUA